AUGUCCACCUCCAGGAAGGCAGGCGAGGUAUGAGUAUCAGAGCUUGGUAUUUCUGUUAGAUGUUUAGAGACUUGGCAAUGUCCCUCUGGUCAAAAUGGCAAGAAAGUGCAGUAACAAGAAAUUCAAGUCUCUGCACUUUUCACCUCACCUGCUACAAGCUAUAAUCUUCUCUCCAUCUUUCCUCUCAGCUUGAAAACUGGAGAAUGCACAAUAAUGAUGGUGUGUACGUGUAUGCGUGUGUGUCUUCUGUGACUAUACAGUAUUCUUAUUAUCACAAAGCUGGUCUGUGUUUUCUGCCUUGGCGUUGCCAGACUUUAGCCUUAGUCCCAAGAUGUACAGCAAUACGUUUUCCCAGAACUGAUAGUGCCCCAUUCAAAGUCUUGUGCCAUGCUGCAAUAACACUUGUAAGUCGACGUGCCACCGGACAUUGGCAAAUGUGUCUGCUUUGAGUGCAGCACCAGAGAACCCAUUCAGUCUCUCUCUUCAUCUUAAGGUGAGCAAUUGCUGGCUCUGUCUACACUGCAGCUAAGUCCCUGGCCUCUCAUGUUUAAUGCAGAGCAGGUUGCCUCCAAGGGCCCAUUCACAACCAUUGUCUCACCGUUCAUAGACUGACUCUGCCUAUUGGUCUGAAUGGCACUGCAGUGGCUGCCCUGUGCCAGCAGGCGUUGUGUGAAUGAGGAGACUUGAGUUUCACUGCACUGAGACUCAGCUGUGCUCUAAGCAUGGGGCAACCAGAGCUGCACAUCCCUCUGGGUUUUCCAUGCAGAGCAGAGCCCUAGGUCAGAGCUCAGAGGGAGAGACUGGCUGGCUGGCUACUACAGGAACAGGAGUCCCGUGUAGCUCAGUUGGUAGAGCAUGGCACUUGCAACGCCAGGGUUGUGGGUUCGAUUCCCACGGGGGCCAGUAUGAAAAAGAAAAUGGGGGAAAACAUUUAUGCACUCACUAACUGUAAGUCGCUCUGGAUAAGAGCGUCUGCUAAAUGACUAAAAUGUAAAUGGAGAGUGGGAGUCUGGGAGACAGAGGAGAGGCAGAGGCAGGGGCAGAGGCAAAGGCAGGGACCGCCACAUCAUAAAUACUAAUCCACAUGGUCAGCUCAUGGCCUGCUUAGUCAAAACAUGAGGGGUGAGAAAAUCCAGCUCUCUUAACACGUAUCAGGUUAAGCUGCUGUCCACAGUUUGGAGACAGAUGGGGAAUGGAAACUACACAACCCUGAGCUACAACAUACAGUAAAGGAAGCCUUUUGAAUAUACACUGAACAAAAAUAUAAACGCAACAUGUAAAGUGUUGGUCCCAUGUUUCAUGAGCUGAAAUAAAAGAUCCCAGAAAUUUGAACACAUUUGUUUACAUCCCUGUUAGUGAGCAUUUCUACUUUGCCAAGAUAAUCCAUCCACCUGCUUGAGGCAAAUGGUGGUCACACCAGAUACUGACUGGUUUUCUGAUCCACGCCCCUACCUUUUUUUUAAAGGUAUCUGUGACCAACAGAUGCAUAUCUGUAUUCCCAGUCAUGUGAAAUCCAUAGAUUAGGGCCUAAUGAAUUAAUUUCAAUUGACUGAUUUCCUUAUAUGAACUGUAACUCUGUAAAAUCUUUGAAAUUGUUGCAUGCUGCGUUUAUAUUUUUGUUCAGUGUAUACUGUAUCUCACUUCUCAAUGUCACCUUGAUAUACUGUACUACUUUAUAACAGUGCUGUUCUGGGAGAGAGCCUGGAUGGAAUGCUUCUGUUAAACUGCUGCCCUGCUAAUACUGAAUACACUCAAUGCUGAAAUAGGGUCUGCCGGGGAAAUCCUGAGUGUUUAUCCACGGUGCUGUAGUGUUGGUCCAGUUUACGUUUCCAGAUUACCGUAAAAUUGUCAGAUGAGUGUAAACCCAUUUUCCUGCAGUUAUUCCAAGAUAAGGCAUUUUACUUACCCUUUUAGGAGUCGUGAUAUGCUGCUUUGAUAUGCAGCAAUACAUUAUUUCCAGACGUCUCACACAGUAGCCAAAGGAGGAUUAUCAGGAUUUUCUCCUUCUUCCCUAUCCCACACACUUACUUCAUGAUGAAUUCAUCACAUGCAGCAUUCCUGGGGAACUCCCUGCGUUAGCUCUGAGGAUAACGAUCAGAUCAUAAUGUGUAUUUUUGCACGUCUUCAUCUAACCAGAAACAUUCAAUCUUACUGAAUGUGACGUGUCACUUGAAUACCAUGUUUGGAUGGGAUCUGGGUAAUGGCCUAUUUGAGCAAGCUUUAACAAAGUACCGAAACUUAAACAAAGUGCUUAUGCUUUGGACACAGUAUGCUGUGUGCGAUCAUCCUCAAUAGGGUUAGCUAGGCUACACUGAGUGCUCAGAGUCAUUCUGCUUAUGUGAAGAGGAGGUCUGGGAUGUAGGUAUCUACCCUGCUGGGCCCACAGUAAACCAUUCUUCAGGCAGGCCAACCAAAAUGGAAAAGCAAACAUGGCCAUGUGGUUGGGGAGACCAUUUAUAAAUGUCCCUCUCCUGCUCUGGCUCUUUCAGGGUGGAGUGUUUCUCCUCUCUGAAAUAUACACCCUUAAUUGAUGAUGAUGGUUUCUCGUCAGUGUCGCGGCUGCCACUGUUGACACAGGUUUUUAUGACUCUCACUGUGACUCCUGUCCAAUAUGAGAGUUCAGGCUGACUGGGCCAUGAAGGGAAGUGUUUACAAACCUGGGCCGGUUACUCAUCCUGCUCCUUUCUUAUGAACGAAGGCACACCUUAGAAGGAACUUGUGCCGUGCAUGACUGUGAACUGGUGUGAAAUGGCUAGCUAGUAAGCAGUACUUGUUAGUAGCGUUCAAUCGGUGACGUCACUCGAUCUGAGACCUUGAAGUAGUUGUUUCCUUGCUCUGCUUUUGUGGAGUGAUCGGUAAUGAUGCUUCGUGGAUGACCAUUGUCGAUGUGUUUAGAGGGUGCCUUGUUCAAGCCCAGGUUGGGGCAAGGAGAGGGACAGAAGCAACACUGUUACAAGUGCUUGUGUGCGUGUGAGUGAAUGUGUGUCUGACUGUCUGUGCAUCUCUGUGUGUGCAUAUGUUUAAGUGUGUAUUUUUGUCAGCGAUCCAUUUAUUAGAGACAGUCAGAGUUAUAGAUGGGUUAUCUCUAUACAGUCAGGAUGGGAGGCACGUGGGUUUCCCUUUAGAACAAUGGUGGCCUGGCUGUCUCACUGUCUGAUGAUCAUCCAGUCAUCAACCCCCUCUUUCAUAAGGGACACAUUCCCCAUGUUUGCCAUCCACCAGUUGUGUUGCUCACAUUCCUUAUAACAGAUUCUCUAUGAGGAUGGUUGGAUGUGGAUGAGUAAGUAAGAAUUUCACAACAGUGGUGGCUUUUUCAUAAUGUUCUCCUCGAUAGUGGAUUAUCUGUGCAUUAGAAGCCUCUAUGAUGAAUGAACAGGUACAAGACGGUUCCUCUGUCUCCAUUCCAAGAAGAGGGUUUGUGUUAGAUGAUAAUUUCCCUCCUUGUUUACCUCAUUUGACUCUGUGAGAGAGUGCAAUCCUCUGAUUUGGGGGAAGGUCUUUAUCAUAACAUUUCACAGUUGAUUCAUUUCCCGAGCGUCCCUGAGCUGGAGCACAGGGGAAAGCAUGGCCUCCAGUGCCCGGUGCUGUGUGUGUUAGUGUGUGUGUGUGUGAGUGAGGAGAGGAUUCUGUACAGGUGUUUCCUUUACAUCAACACUCGGAGCAAAACAAUACUUGAGUCUGAGCAUCUGUGUCACAUACAGCCAAUUACCCCAGCCGAUACUGAAGAGAUGCAGCUAUUUAUACACUGACCCUGUGGUAGCCGACACAACCAGGCCACAAAGUAAACACCUGUGACUUCAGAUUACACAGCAGACAACUAGUCACACUCUCUCUCUAGGAUCACAAACUCAAAAUCAUGCACGCAGGCACGCACAUACACACACACACACACACACAGAUCAAUUCCACCUUCCUCUAACUCCCUCCUCAUGGAAGCUCUAUGUCAGAGCUCAUCUGAGCUCAUGUGAUCCAGACUAAGUGAAUGAGCAUGCCAUACUGUUUGGACAUACAAUGGCAGGGAGCUGCUGGCUGUCAUGGCUGUUGUAGUUGCUACGUUGAUAUAGUGACAAAGAGCCCCCCUUUACUCCUCUUUAGUUGUAAUUCCCCAGCCCAGGGGAGAGGUGCAAUCACAAUCAGGAAAUAUGGAUUUCUCCUUCCUCCUACGAGGGAGGGGACUGGGGAGCGGUGGCGCUCGGGGCAGCAGUCCACUCACCAGACUUUAAUCUCCCAUCUGGCUGUAAUUUACUGUGGUUUACACAGGGUGUACAGCAUUUACUGUAAUAAGGACCACAAUUACCGCUGGUCAGCCUUAUCUGAAGAUGUGUGUGUGUGUGUGUGUGUGUGUGUGUGUGUGUGUGUGUGUGUGUGUGUGUGUGUGUGUGUGUGUGUGUGUGUGUUCUAGCCUAUAUAUGGUAUGGGGGUUGAUACAUUUUACGUUCAAGUCUGACAUUUUAAAGUGGAAAUUACAAACUUUAGAAUACUUUUUAAAUCUUGAAUACACUAGAAGUUUGCAUUUCUCAUCAACAAAAGAGUGAUCAAAUGAAGAUCCUACAUCUGUAACUGGAUGCUUAUGUUCCUAAAACACACAAUAACACAACUGUUCUCCCCCUCCUCCAUUAAUACACUUAUCUUUUCCAUUAUGACAAGCCCAAGAAGCACUAAUCCUUUAUGAGUUGAUUUUUGGCUCUCCAGUUUUUUUAAUGAUCUUACAACGUUUAUAUUUCACCUGUAUCCUAAUGUAUCCUGAAUAUGCUGCAUAUACUGCUGAGAUAUUUCCACGUGUGUUCAGUGGGCGUUGGUUUGGUGGGGUUUGGGGAAUGCUCUCUGAUCAUGGAGUUAUGAUGUGCCCACCCUAGAGCUCCAGCUGGACACUGUCAGACCCACAGGGGGGCUGCUGUCAUUGGGGCUAUGUUCACCUAAUGUAUACAAAACAGAGCGCUGCUCUCCCUUUCAGCCAGUGGCGAUGGAUACGGCGUUACACAGACUAAUUGAAAAGCCUCAUAAUUAAUGUUAUGGUCAUGGAUUUGUGGAAUCCAAUGCUUAAGAGGAAAUGCUCAAAAAAUACCCUGUAAAUAAGGGAAUUAUUACUCAAAAGUCAAAUUUAUUGUUCAUCCGUCUGUUGUGUCUGUCUCUUGCUUUGCUAGUGACUGACCACUGCUCUGUGUGGUCUCAAGUUUAGAGCCAGGCUCACCAUUCAGCAGGAGGCCUACAACAUGACACAGUUCAAGUGGCCCCUGUGUUUUGGGCCAGGGCAUCCCAGGAGGGUAGUUGCUGUGCUCCACUGGAUUGGGUCCUGAGGUGGGGGUGGGAUGGUGGCUGGUUUUUCCCUAGCCCCCUAGCCCCCUAGCCCCCUAACCCCUACACUCACUGACCUGCAACACAUCCAGGGCCUGUCAACCCACAAUGGCAUUACCACAGAUUCAGGGCCUUUCCCCCUUCCUUAUCCCUUUCCUUGAUAAAGCUUAGGUGAAAGACAUAGAGGGAAUAUGAUCCCUUCUGUCCUGUGUAUUUUCUACACUGUAAUGAGACACACUAUCACUGUGAUAUUUUGGGGCUGGUGUGUGUGUCUGUUGAAUAUCAACUGCUAUUUUUGCUUUCACUCCCAUAUCAAGACUGACAUGAGUGAAGCUGGCCUUAUUGUCUCAAGCGGGCCUGUUACUGUCUCUUUCUAGUUUCUAAAACUGUCUCCUCUGUCCGGUGAUAUCUGGCCAGCUCACUCUGUACUGUAGCAGUUUGACAGUCCAACAGGAGACGAGACAGACAGACGAUGUAAUCAAGUUCAGUGUAACCUCCGCCAUUACAACCACUCUCAGGGGGGGAAGAGGUCCUGUCUAUUUGGACCUGCUGCUAUGCUAUUAAGUCUUUGAUGUGUGUUAUGAACAGGAAUGUUUGAUUCGGCAAAACUUCCUGCAGGGCUCAUAAGAGGAUAUACACAGGGCUGUUCCUGAACAAUAUUAUCCCAAUUUCAUGGGACUAUUCAUCUUUUCAUUUUUCAAAUGGCAUAGUUAUUUCCACAGUCUCCCAUUGACUCCUGGACCUCUCAGUGCAAGGAAUCAAAAUAAAUAGUGUUUGUCUGUAGUCCAGUCAUUAUGUAUCAAAGUGUUGUGAUUAAUGUGGUUGUAAUUAUUAGUACAAUCAUUCUAAUAAACCAACAGGGCAUCUCCGCAUCUCAACUGAGACUCACAUCCAAGAAGUCCUAAAUUACAAUUCUUGUUUGGUCUCCAUUUUAUUUUAUUUUUGCUCCUUAAACUUCCUCCCUGCCUCCCACAGAUGGCUUGAAGAGAGAGGAGGUUAACAAUGACACAGCUCAGCUGUGUGGGAGUCAGGACAGAGAAGAGUUCUGUAGUGUAUAGAGCAUGCGGCACCAGCACAGGGCACAGAGCAUGCAGCCCAGGCAGGCCCUCAUAUCUGACCCAGUGUCACGCCCUGGCUCUGGGGACUCUUAAAGGUUGAGCCAGGGUGUGGAUUUUUCUAUGUUUAGUUUUUCUAUGUUUUCGUUCUAGAUCGUUUAGAUCUAUGUUGGCCAGGGUGGUUCCCAAUCAGAGGCAGCUGUAGCUCGUUGUCUCUGAUUGGGGACCAUACUUAGGCAGCCUGUGUUGCACUAGUAUUUGUGGGAUCUUGAUCCGUAUAGGUUUGUGUUGUUGUAACCUCAGGACUUCACGUAUCGUUUGUUGUUUUUGUCGUUAAGUAUGUUAAAUAAAGUAUGUACGCUUACCACGCUGCGCCUUGGUCCGUGUCUUCAGUCAACGAUCGUGACAGAAGAACCCACCAUAAGAGGACCAAGCAGCGUGCCCAGGAGGAGAAGAUGGCGAUGUCACAGGUGGGCAAAUGGUGGUCUUGGGAGAAGAUAUUCGUGGGCAAAGGGCCAUGGGCAAAGGUGAAUGCCCAGGCAGGAGAGGAGACUGUGGAGGCGCGCUACAGAGAGGAGCAGCGGCAACGCAGAGGGUACCGGCCGAGGAGGAAGCCCGAGAGACAGCCCCAAGAAAAAAAAUGUGGGGGGCUAAAAGGGUGGUUGGCAGAGCCUAGAGGUAGAGCAGAGCCAACUCCCCGUACUCAGGCUAGGAAGCGUGAGACUGGGCAGGCUCCGUGUUAUGCGGAGCCACCUACUGUGCCGCGAGUGUUCCGGCACAGUCCUGUACGUCCUGUGCUAGCACCACGCACGUGUCGUGCUAAGGUGGGCAUGCAGCCAGGACGGGGAGUGCCGGCUCAACGCUCGUGGCCUCCAGUACCCCUCCUCGGUCCCGGAUAUCCUGCGCCAGUGCCACGUGAUGUAGCGCCAGUACGAGUGCACAGCCCUGUACGUCCUGUGCUGAUGCCUCACACAUAUUGUGCGGAAAUAGGCAUUCAGCCAGGAUGGGUUGUGUCAGCUCUCCGCUCCAGACCUCCAGUCCGCCUCCACAGUCCGGCCCGGCCCGUUCCAGCUCCCCGCACCAAGCCAAUGGUGCGUGUUCCCAGUCCAGCCCGGCCUGUUCCUGCUCCCCGCACCAAGCCAGUGGUGCGCGUCGUCAGCCCGGUCCGGCCCGUUCCUGCUCCCCACACCAAGCCAGUGGUGCGUGUGUCCAGUCCGUGUCUCUGAUUGGGGACCAUACUUAGGCAGCCUGUGUUGCACUAGUAUUUGUGGGAUCUUGAUCCGUAUAGGUUUGUGUUUGUUGUACCUCAGACUUCACGUAUCGUUUGUUUGUUUUUGUCGUUAAGUACGUUAAAUAAAGUAUGUACGCUUACCACGCUGCGCCUUGGUCCGUGUCUUCAGUCAACGAUCGUGACACCCAGGGAAGGAGGGAACACACAGCAGCUAGAGUUGUUUCAUAAUGCAGGAGAGAGGGCGAAUCAGAUGCAGGAGAGAGAGUGAAUAAUUUCAAAGUUUCUGUGUGUUCUCUAAAGUUGGGUACCAGGCCUGUUCUGUAAUGAAUAACAAUACCUAAGAGAAACCUAAGUUUCCAGACACAUGACAUUAGCAGAUGUUACAGAUACCCCUUACAGUGAAGCGCACCAGUGUCCUGUCAGAGGGAGCAGUUUAGUAUAGAGUACAGUACCACUCAGCACUUGAUAAAUGGAUGUGAAGAGAUUACCAUGUAAACCUCUCCAGCGAAUACAGGGCAAGGCAUAGAAGGGCUGAGAUGGGCAGAGAUGGGCCGGAGGAGCUUGAACCCUGCUACACCUCCAGCAUGUAAUCAGACAGUGAGAAUGGCCUCUCUCUGGGAGCCCUCUGGCCCAACACCAGCCCAUUGACAGACAGACAGACCCCCUCCACCAUCCAGCCCAUUGACCGACUCCAUUGGCAAGUUUCCAUCUGAGAUUUACCCCAGUGUUAUACGCAAAAGACUCAACUUUUCUGUUUCCAUCUACGCGGGCCAGUACCCGUGUCUCACUGGGCCAUGGCUCCAGCGGACCUGCUCUCACUUGGGGCCAAAGCCAGGCCACUGGUACUUUUCAGCUGUCAUUUACAUAACAAUGGCUAACUGUGGACUUUAACACCUUCUCACAAAACAACUGUCUUGAUGAUGCAGAGGUUGUUGAUUUCUGCUCACCCCAAGUCUUUAGUGUCACACUCCUGAUGAAAACACAAUAACACUACAGCUUACAUUAACAUAAAACACAGGCGACCCACUGGUGCUGGGUAAGUCUUGAGUGCUGUAUUAGGCCUACUGCUUAUAGAAUCCCCAAGGAAUUGAUAUAGAAUUCUCUUCUGAUAGCCCUAUGGGACACAGGUCAGCUGUUCAUUACCAAUUACUACAGCACAUGAAAAUGUAGGCUAUGGUUUCUACGCCAAGGGGUCUGUUUUUGUGCCUCAAACAAGCUGUGGGAAUGAGACAUACUGUAGAUAUUUAGAAGCUGUGGUAAGCCCAGAGUGAGACACGACUAAGAACAGUUGUCCAGUUUAUACUAAGUAAUUUUGGAAUCAGACAAGGGCCAGUAUUUUAUUGAGACCUGAAUCAUCUCCCAAACUCUUCUCACAUCCUUAGACACACACACACAAGAAGUAAGGAGUUGCUACGUGAGGAUCAUCAUGCAGCCCUGCUAAUCUGCCAAACAUUUGUGGGCAGCUUGCUCUCCUGCUCACAGCCACAGAAGGUGCAGAGAGGCACUGGUGGACUUACCAUAAGGCAGAAGAGGCAAUUGCCUCAGGCCUCACAUCAUCAAAUCAAAUCAAAUUGUAUUGGUUACAUACACAUAUUUAGCGGGUGUAGAAAAUUGCUUGUGUUCCUAGCUCCAACAAUGCAGUAGUAUCUAACAAUUCACAACAAUACACACAAAUCUAAAAGUAAAAGAAUGGGGCCUCAUGAGCUGGGCAUACAUACAAAAAUAAAAAUUUUUUUUUUAAAUAAUUGCUCCACUAGAUGCAAAAAAAUAAGAAAACAAAUCCCAUCAAAAUCUGUCUGUUUAAGAUAGAGAUAUCUCCAUGGGCUGCGUCUCAAUCCCACAUCCGCCAAUGUCGGCCUUCCGCAUCUGCGGUGGAAGGUAGCCGAGCUACAGCGGUGUUCGUCAGACAAGGAGUCAUCCCGAAAAUCUGUCUUCUCACGAAAACGUCUGUACCUUCCGAACGGUUUGUGCUACACACUAAUAUGAUGACACCUCUAUGGAAAGAUGAGACUCUCACAAACACGAUGGUGCUCUACGACACUCACAAGUGUCAUGGGGAAAAAUGUAUGGAAGUGAAAAUGAAUGGAAGUGAAUAGGGCAUUUCCAUGUAAAAGUUAUACAAGGAUUUCCACUGUCAUUUAUUUUCUUAUACUGUAUCUCUCAGAUAUAGGACAGAUACUUCAAAACAUAUUUCCUUUUGAUAAAAUGUUUGACUAUCUGUUUUUCCAUGUAUGAAUCUGUUAUUCAAUGCAAUUCUAUGGGCCAAAUUGAAAGUUUUAUCCACACCCCCAAAAAAUAUAUUUUCUUUAUACCUACAAGGGUCAUAAAAUUCUAAAUCAAAUAGCUAAAUGAUCCUUGGUAUGACCAUCUUAAAACAAUUCCAUAUGUUAGCUUACUAGAAACCCAGCCCUGGGCCCUUAGACUAUAGGGGGAUACAAUACGCAUUUAUUUAGUAAAAAGACAGGUGCUGCUGAUAAUACUGCCAUCAUCGUCGAGGUAGAGGCAGAGGACAUGUAUGUGUAGCCCAUGUAGCUGAUGCUGUCUGGUCAAAAAGAUUAUGGCGUGUCAUACACCUUUUGGCCAGAUAGCAUCAGAUACAUGGCCUACAUACAGGAUAGUAAGACAAGAGGGGCGCUGUUUCGCUCGCUCGAAUGCUUUCUCCGGUGAGAUAGUUUCAGCCACUUGCGAAUUGAAGAAAAGUUGGCGGUUGCACAGGUCACUGUUUGGAUGCUGGAAUUAUUUUGGAUGAACGUGCGAAGGAACCUACUUUUUGAAGUGAUUUGCUUGACAAUUAGGUGAAAACAUGAUGACUGGUUGUGUUCAUGGCACAUUAAAAGGUAACACAUUUUUAUUUGGAGACCCCUCUCGAGGCCCCUCUGCCUGGGGCCUCCAAAUCUCUAAGUCCACCCCUGCCAAGAGGCUGCCUUGUUGUGUCCAGACUCAAGGCUUACCCUAGGCUGGGAAAAUCCACAGCAAAUCCUCCCAGUCCCACCACACACCAAAAGGCAAGCCAGACCUCGGCCAAAAAGCCCUUAUGAUGUGGUGGAGUGGAGCCCCUCCCAAACCACAUGAAAACCCAAGCAAAAGAAAUGCCCAAAUCAUAUGCCAAUUAACUCUGGGAAAGGAUUUAUAGAAUGACCUCGGCAUUGGUGGACAGGGUAUAAAGACAUUAAUCAAUGCCCUACUGAGUGGGAAAUGACUUAACAAUAAUACUGGUGAACUCUGUGGUUAACUGAUGUUAGAUGUAACCCUUCAUAGAGGAGAGUAGUGCAGGAGUUUCACAGACAACACACUAGCCACCCACUUGCCGACUCACGGACCCACAGGGGGGCUACCCACGAGCCUACCCACGGGUUCACCGGGAAGCUACCCACAGGCCUACAGGGGAACUACCCACGGGUCUACCCACUGGCCCACAGGGGGGCUAUCCACGGACCUACCCACGGGACCACAGGGGGCCUACCCACAGGCCUACAGGGGGGCUACCCACGGGCCUACCCAUGGGCCCACAGGUGGGCUACCCACGAGCCUAUGUUGGGGGAAAGUGGUUACCCCAAGGAUCAAUAACAACCAGGUGUUCCCCAGUGGUUGUGUGCAGAAUAUCAGGAGAGACUGGGAGAACUACCAGGUUUGAGGGUUUCUGUGCUCCCUGCUUGUGACUUUGUAAUAUCUCUUGUAUAUCUGUAAUGUCUCCUGAUGUUGAGCAGAGAGAUCCUGAACCCUCCACCUCUUCACCUACAGCUCAGACCUGGCUGUCACAGGAAACUAAGAGGCACUUAGGAGGAAGUGUGCGUGUCAGGCAUCUGCUGUCACGAUAACAUUUUUACAUUUUAGUCAUUUAGCAGACGCUCUUAUCCAUAACAGAUGGAUUAUUAUUAUAAAAGCUGGACAGACAUUCCUCUUCAUUCACAUUGUUUGGACAUAUUUGGCUGACUGCAGCAAACCACUGACAGCUACUAUCCUCACUAUCUGACGUAUUCUGGUCCACAACAGGAAGGAAGGCAUUUCUGUGAUGAUCAGUUAAUGUCAAAAACAGACCUCAUGGCAUUAUUUCAUCUGACUGUGUGUCUUUUUGGGCGUGUGCCGUAUUUUUCCAUUGUAGGCUAUGGUAACUGUUGGACCAGCAUUGUAACACACACAGUAGUUGGGUGGAUACUCAGACAGUGUAUCAAAAAUACUUGUCAUCAGGUACUCAUCACAGACAACCAGGCUGUGAAACUCAACACUGGUGUAGAUGACAGAUUGAGGAAGCAGGUUGUUGGUCGCCUGUCUGUCCAGUGGUCCUGCUGGAAGAUAUUUUACCAAAUGGAGGUUUCUCUUCCUGAGCUCAUAAGAUGGAGUCACCCAGAGGUUUUGUGUUACUGCAGCCCUAUGAGAAAUGCAUACUGUUUAUCAUUGGAUGAUGGGAAAAAUCAAGACAGAGGGGGAAGCAGAGGGGGAAGCCGCCAAUGGGAAAAUAAAUAGAGAGCUGAAUCUUACACCACAGGAAACAAGUUUUUAACCUGAACAGUUGGAUGUGCUAUAUAAGAGAAUGGAUCUGGUGCUUGUCAAAGAGAGUUUCCCGUUGAAGGAAUCAUGAAAAAGCUGCUCCAUCUGCAAGCCGUCCCGUCUCCUUGUAAUUCCAACCUUAACCACUAGAGGACAUAGCUGUAUUACAGUAAAGUCAGGCCAAUACCUAAGUGUGUUACUGUAUGACACUCUUUUCCAAGAACUGUAACUAUCCAAGACAAGCAUAAUGUGUAUGUGUAGUUCCUGGCAGCGCAGUAGAUCUUCCAAGUCCCUAUAUAUUGUCUGUGAUGGCUGGAAAGGUUUAUUUGUCAAAUAAAUGAUAGUGUCCAGGUGCUUUUUAAAACCCUUAAGUCUUUGUCUGUUUUGUUUUGCAGAUUACACCCUCAUCCAGCUCAAACAGCACAACUGGAGGUAAGAAUUGUACUACACAAAUGAGAUAAAGGUGAUAAUGUACUCAAAGCAGCAUAUAUUUCCUGACUGAUGUGUGAGAGUGUUCUUUAUUCAAGAGUAGCCUACCGGUGAUGCUGAAUAUCCAUUUUGGGUUUACAGACAUGGUAUUCCUGGUACAAGCUGUCGUUAUUAGUUCUGGUAUCCCCAUACCACUAAUGUCCUGCUCCAUGUUGUACUGUAUGGCAAAAGAGAGCUUAGGUAAUCAAGGACACCCAUCCAUGCAGCUUGUCUAGCUGACAGACAGACAGAUUGGUGAAAGAGAGGCUGAAGCUCACUAUUUUUACAGCCCAAAUCCUCCUGCCCUAAACCAUGGUGUGCUUUCCCCUUGUCGUCUUCCCAUGCUGCAUAGCCAUUUAGUACAGUGAGAGAUGUCAAUGCUGAAAGACACAAGGUACCACAGCACUCUCUGUAGCUUGUUUUCUCUCAAACCCCUGAAUCAGAAUCGAUUCACCUAUUAGCAGUGUAAAUAUAGGUAUUGUUGAACGGCGUUAAUGAAUGCUCCUUGAUUAUGGUGGAGGAAGUCAGGUCACUUAAUCAGCUCUGAGGGUUGAGAGUUCAGGGUUGAGGGGGUAAGUGAGGACAAGCAGCUAGGGAUUACCCAAGGUCACUGUGUUCCCCCAGCUGUCAGAAGAGGUAAUGCAGGGGCUGAUGAAUUAGGUACUGGGGACACCCCACCAUACUGUAAAUCACUGCACUUAUAGCCUGUUAGGAGGAUAGAGAAAAACAGCAGGAAAAAAGCAAAACAAGAUGCUGACAGAGAAGUGUGGGGAAGUUACAGUUAGACCAAUGAUGUGCCUUUAGAGCUGUAUGACACCACCCUAACCUUGUCUCUCUCCCCACAUCUCCUUCACCCCUCCCUGGCCCAGCCUGGCUCCCCCUGGCCUGUCUGCUUUUAUAAACAGCUGUUGUGGUGCCGGGCUCCAUGCAGUGACCCCAGGGUCAGCCAGAUCCCAGAGGUGCCUGGGGGGGCAGCUCAGCUCAGCUCUGCUCCAGGCAGGUUCUGUUCAUAGAUAUUUUUCCAGCGUUUGUUUUCUCUUUCCUCUCUGUUUGUUCGGGCAGAGUUGGGCCCUGUUUAUCUUUCCUGACGAUGCUAUGGGGACACUUUCACACAUAUGCUCCCACAGGAAAGCUUGUAUUACACAAACAAUUUUUCUUAAAAAUGAAAACAGGAUACACACCAGGCACAUCACAUUUUUUUAAAAAUGUUUCAGCAGCAAUAUUUGAUGAGUGUCCUAAAUCUAUUUUAAACGAUCUGCAGAUGGCUCUGUUUUUGCCCUAGUGGUUGCGAUAACAUAGACCAGGGCUUCCCAACCCUCUUCCUGGAGAUCUACUGUCCUGUAGGUUUUCAGUCCAGCCCUAAUUUAGCAUAUCUGAUUCAGCUAGUUAAGGUCUUAUUGAGCAGCUAAUAAAUAGAAUCAGGUGUGUUAAAUUAGGGUUAGACUGAAAACCCACAGGACGGUAGAUCUCCAGGAAGAGGUUGGGCAGCCCUGACAUAGACAGUGAGUAGAGUACAUUAUGGCAAACAAAAACUGUAAGGCAGACUGGGAAAUAUAAAGGAAGGAUGUUGUGCCAACUCAGAAUUAAGCUGACAACACACACACAUACACCCACACAACUCAGCCGGUUGGUGUGAAAACUCUGCUCGUUGAAUUGCACAGUGUGAUAUGAGACAAGGCUAAUGAGGCACACUGUAAUUGUGCAAGUGUGCGUCUGUCCCGCCUGAAGAGUGUUGAAACUGGUAAUCCCCUCUACGUGCAGGUUCAGCACCAGCCAUCACACCAGUCAUCUCUUCUCUGGUCCAGAUCCAUCCGGCUGGGGAGCUGCCAGGAGGCAGGAGUGGAUGUGGUUGGGGCAUCCAGGACUCUGUACAAUGGCUUUAUGAGCUCAUCACCUCUAUCCAUAUGUCCUGUGAUGGACAGCUGUUUUACCCUCUCUCCUCUCUCUCCUCUCCUCUUCCCCAGUGUUAAUGUUCCAGGAGGUGUGGGGUCGUAGUUUCUGCCGGACCAUAGAGAAGCUGGUGGAGGUGGUUCAGGAGUAUCCUGGGGAGGUGGAGCACAUCUAUAGCCCCUCCUGUGUGCCCCUGGUGCGCUGCGCUGGUUGCUGUGGCGAUGAGAAUCUGGAGUGCCAUCCUACUCUAACCUCUAAUGUCACCAUGCAGGUAAUAGGGCACGUCCCUUAUGAGGAUGGCUGCCAUGUUGUGAGGUCAUCAGUGUAUUAUAUUUGCAUGCCAGGAAAAGAACUUUUAAUUUUGUUCUACUUUUCCGCCCGCAACAUUCAAUUCAACAUCAGCAAUUUGUCUUAAUUCUCAGCUGUUGAAAAUCAAGCCAGCGGAACAGGGUCAAGAAUACGUUGAGAUGACUUUUGUGGAGCACCAGACAUGUGAAUGUAGGUAAGAGACAAAAAGACUUCCUGCUUUGGUAAUAAUAUGUUUGGUCAAGUAAACCAGUUGCAUUGUAAUAUGAUCUUAUGUGAAAUGAUAUGACUGAGUUUUGUUCAUAUUUCAUUCUCAGAAUCAGGAAGGCUGUGGUGAAAAGUGAAAGGUGAGCAUACCAAUUGUCAUAAUGUCCAUUGUAAAGUUGGAGAGUGGGACAGAAAUCUUGCUGUGUCUGUAACAGUUGAUAGGUUGAUGUGGUCCUCUGUAGCUCAGCUGGUAGAGCACGGCGCUUGUAACGCCAAUGUAGUGGGUUCGAUCCCCGGGACCACCCAUACACAAAAAAAUGUAUGCACGCAUGACUGUAAGUCGCUUUGGAUAAAAGCGUCUGCUAAAUGGCAUAUUAUUAUUAUUAUAGGUAAGCUCAUAUUGUCUUUCUGCAGGAGGAGACAAAGAGGAAGAGGAAAGAAAAGAAAGGAGAGACCGAGAGUGAAAGAUUGUGACAGGUGAGUAAUGAUGUCUGGAAAAUUAAGAAAAAUAUCUGUCCAUCGACCAUACAUUACCCCUUUUACUUCCAUGUACAGUAAUAAUGCCCCACAUGUUAAUGUGUCAUCUAUCUCGUUUGUGUCCAAGGUGUCAGCCCCCUCGCAGGUAACUGCACUAGCAGCCCUACCUGUUGCAACCGGCAUCUCUAUUUAUUCUCUGCCCAGCGCUAACAGUAUCAAGAGUCUUCUAAACACAUGUAUCAAUACUGUGUCUCUCUGCACCUAGAGACUCAAUCAGCUGGGUUGUUAUGGCGACUGA